AGAAAAAGGAAGUGAACGAGUCUACCAAGGAGAUAGGAAGAGAAAAAAAAAAAAAAAAGAAUAAAGAAUCCAAGGAAAGAGAAAAUAAAACAACAUCAGAUUUAAAUAGUUUUGAAAUACAGUAUCAGUAUAAUUUUUCCGUCGUUUUUGGACUUUUAAAGCAACCCAAAGUUUUGAAAAGCUCUAAUCGAUUAUCCUCACUUUCUUUUUGUUUUCGAUGGCUAACUUUCUUUCUCUAAAAUUAAUUGACGUCUGCAAAGUCCCUCCUCCUCCGACAGCGGUGGAACCGUCAUCUCUUCGGCUCACUUUCCUUGAUUUAUUGUGGCUAAGGUUUCAUCCAUACCAACUUCUUUUUUUCUAUGAACUUCCUUCGAAUGAGAUCUCGUUUCACGACGUCAUUGUUCCGAAACUCAAGAGCUCUCUGUCUCUUACUCUUCAACACUAUCUUCCUCUGGCUGGCAACCUCGUUUGGUCAUCGCAAUCCGAUGUACCCGUCAUUGAAUUUGUCGAAGGCGAUGGCAUUUCCAUGACGGUGGCAGAGUCCGACGGGGACUUUUAUCAUCUUUCUGGUAACGGGUUUCGGGAAGUUUCGGAAUUUCAUCCUCUUGUUCCUCAAUUGCCAGUUUCUCAUGAUCGUGCCGCAGGCAUUGCUAUUGUUACUAAAUUCCAGAACAAAGGUUUUUCCAUUGGAAUAACCAAUCACCAUGCAAUCAUAGAUGGAAGAAGCUCAACUUCAUUCAUCAAAUCAUGGGCUCAAAUUUGCAUUGAAGAAUCCUCUAUACCAACCCCCAAACAAAUGCCAUUAUAUGAUAGAUCAGUUCUAACUGAUCCAAAAGAUUUCGAAAAACUCAUUGCAAAAGCAUGGCAAGACUUAGAAGGACCCAACAACAAAAGCUUGAACCUUAAAUUCCCCCCCAAAAAAUAUGGUUUAAUUAGAAGCACUUUAGAAUUCAAACACCAAAACAUUCAAAAGCUAAAGGAAUGGAUCUUGAAAAAGAAGAGCAAAAAUGAAAAUUUUGAUUCUUCUUCUUCUCAUAUAUCUUCAUUUGUAAUAGCAACGGCUUAUCUUUGUGUUUGUACAGCCAAAUUAGAAGGUUUAAAAGAAGGGAAAUUAUUUUUUGGGUUUCCAACCGAUGUAAGAACUCGUUUAAAGCCACAAGUGCCAUUGAAUUACUUUGGGAAUUGUGUGGUUGGUGUGUUUGUUUGUCUUGAAAGGUCUGAAGUUUUGAGGGAAAAUGGAAUCAUUUUGGCUUGUGAUGAGAUUUCAAAAGCUAUUAAAAAUUGUGAUGAUGGACCUUUAAAUUGGUGUGAGAAUUUGGUGUCAACAAUUUGUCAAAUGACAAAUGAUUAUUCAGAAAUACAAGUCAUUUCUUUAACUGGUUCACCAAGAUUUGGAGUUUAUAGUGCUGAUUUUGGAUUUGGAAAGCCAAAGAGAGUGGAGAUUGUGUCAGCUGAAUCACCAUAUCUUUUUUCUUUGACUGAUGGUAGAAAUAGUGACGUGGUAAUGGAGAUUGGUAUUGUUAAGAAAAGGAAGGAAAUGGAAGCCUUUGUUGCCAUAUUUAAUCAAGGCUUUGAAUCUAUUUGA